CAAGCGGUUUCAGUUUAUUCCGAAGUUCAAACUCCCAUCUAUGAGGUCGGAAGCUAGUGAAAAGAUCGAGAAAGAAGGAGCGUAGGAGCGUAGGGAGGGAUACUUUCGAAGGAAUCCGCCUACAUCACCACUUUGGUAUGGAAACUCUACCUUAGAAGCAUAAGUGGAAAAAUUCAAACUUACCGGUAUCUAACCAUGAGAACAUGAGUUCCCGGUCGGUCGAUGAUACCUAUGAGGAAGGAGUAUUUAAACCCCGAGUUGAGUUAUUCGUUAUCGUUCUUCCUUCUUUGAGUGUUGAGUUCGGACGAGGAAAGCAAUAAGAAGGAAAGAAUCAUAACUAUACACGCCCAGCUUCUCUGGCAAAUAGAAUCAUACGUCCCGUAUCGAACUCAGGAAGGGAAUCAAUGGGAAUCUAAAAUGAACUUUAGAGCUGCUGCAAGGAAUUAGCAGGAACCAGCAAGGAAAAAGGAAUACAACUGAGCAAUCCAACUGGUAUUGAACCGGAUACCAUAAAGAGUUCAAGUUCGAUCCAUUAGCGCCCAGAGGCAGCGCACGCCCGACAAAAAUCCUUCACAUUUGUCGUAAUGGUAGGCCACCGGAGUCCUGCCAAUAGAAUCUUUCUUACUGUGACUUCAGGCUCCUCUUCUAUAUUGUUGCAAUAAGCUGGGCUAUCUCUUGCUUCAAUUUGCAGCGGUUGCAAGUCAACCCCACAGUCUAUCUUAGUCAUUGAGGCUAAAGUGGGCAGAGCAUCUGAAAAUUUCUCCAAUUGCUGGGAGAGAGAUUUCUGAUAAGGGAUCAGACCAUUCCUGGUGUUCGAACUAGUCAUUAAUGGUCGGCUUAAUUCGUAUCCUUUCGGUAUGUGUUGUGAACACUUUCAUUUUGAGCCUCUCAUCUUCUCUAGAGAAGCAAAACUCUAACGGAUAGAACAGAUGGUCCAACUACAACACUUUUUCUUUUUAAUUACUUCCAUGGUCGUGCCUCGUGGCACGGCAGCACCCGUACUAUUGAAAUGGUUCGUCAGUAGAGAUGUUCCCACAGGUGCCCCUUUUUCCAAUGGUACUCUAAUUCCUAUUCCUAUCCCUGAAUUCCCUCUUUUGGUCUAUCUACAUUCAAGGAAAUUCAUACGCUCCACAGACGGAGCAAAAAGUAGAGUCUUGGUCAGAGCAAGCCGUCCUAUUCUAUUACCAGACAUAAUUGGGAGAAGCUCAUCCGAAACUAGAGCUAGAAAGGCCCUAUUUCGUUUCGUUCCCGUUCUUCAUUUCCUUCUUCUCGAAUCCAAGGGGGACUUACCAUAUUUAGAAUCUUUCUGCGGUGUGCUCCGUUUACUAUUCUUUCGUACUUUCUUCUUUGUACCACGCGAUAGGUCAGCGAAGCGUGAGCGGGCGCGGAGAAGGAAAGGCCAGGAACUUCGGACUAACGGGAAUGAGCAACGACGAAAUGAGAAGAUGAGGUGCCCCGGGCACCCCCAUUUAGAAAGAAGGGUCGAAGCUUUUCGGCCUGUAGCUUUCCCCGUCCCCCCUUUGUCGGGGGGUGCUUGUGGGGGGGAUGCGCCACCAGAAAUCGGGCUUGAAGCUCUCACCUUACCAACAAGCCGACAGCUGAUUUAUGUUGGUCACGACGACUACCAAAAAGCUCCAAUGAAGAUGAAUAUUUCACAUGGAGGAGUGUGCAUCUUUAUGUUGGGUGUUUUUCUGUCGUGCGACCCGGCGGCUUAUGUGCGACCUGUGGCCCACGCCUCCUAUUUGUUCAGGGCGGGCGGCGUGAACUCUGAUUCGAGGAGGGUAUUCAAUCCCGCCGCUGAGAUGCUCAGUUGACUCCUUAACCUUGAUAGGAAGAUGGCUUAUUCAAUAAUUCGUGCAUAAGGGUAAGGAACUUUGGAUGAACUAAUGCGAAUGGGUGUAAGCUUCGUUGCUCGGAAACACCCAGUGCUGACCACACUGAGAGACACGAAGGCGCAGGUAAGGCCAGUUGGCGAAGUGGCGUUAAGCAUUCCUAGCGGUACGAAAAGAGAGGUCGUGAUGAUAUCAUCUACGUCCGUACCGCUCCUCGUGGAGUAGAUCCCGCAUCCAACCAAGUCUUUGACCAGGGAACGGGAGAAUUCCCACUACCGCUGGCAGGCCAGCCGGGCCGUGAGCGCGGUGGGAACGGGCUUCCCAAAAAGCCGGCCCGGGCCGGGGUCAGCAUAGUAGAAUGAAGGGGACGGCCCUAAUGUUGUGUUGGCUUUGCCAACUUCUUGGGUUUCGGGCGGAGAAAAGCGGACGUGGGGACUCGGGUCGGGGCGCAGCGUAACUAAGAGAGCCAUUCCAUUUAGGGCGGGACAGAAUGGGCCGGCACGGGCGGUCUGGUGUCCGAGCCGAUUGGUCAGACGACGACUACUUCUUAGAUUCUUAUUAUUAGCCUACCCCGGAAUUACAUGGGAUGGAAUAGAAAGAACGCGAAAGGCUAGCGCAACAGGGUCGGUUUUUUUGUGGGGGAUAAGCUUGUGAAGAAGGAAGCUAUCCCCGCCCCGCUUUCUUUUCACUAAUAAUA